AUUUCUCAAAUAUAUGUACAUGAAAUUUCCUCAAGAAGAAAAUAAAACAGAACACAAGAAACUGUCCUAAAAAGAAAGAUGAGAAGUGUACAAAACUACCACCAUCCUUACUUCAUAUUCUUCAUCUUAAUUCUGUUUCUUGCUUUCUCUGUUUCUGCAAACACUUUUUCAGCCACAGAAUCUCUCACUAUCUCAAGCAACAAAACCAUUAUAUCUCCUAGUCAAAUCUUCGAGCUCGGUUUCUUCAAUCCCGCAUCAAGUUCGCGUUGGUAUCUCGGGAUUUGGUACAAGAUAAUCCCUAUACGAACCUACGUAUGGGUUGCGAACAGAGACAAUCCUCUCUCUAACUCCAACGGAACUCUCAAAAUAUCCGAAAAUAACCUAGUCAUUUUCGAUCAAUCCGAUAGACCUGUUUGGUCGACGAAUAUAACCGGAGGAGAUGUGAGGUCACCAGUGGUGGCAGAGCUUCUUGAUAACGGUAAUUUCUUGCUCAGAGACUCCAACAAUAGACUUUUAUGGCAGAGUUUCGAUUUUCCAACAGAUACUUUACUUCAGGAGAUGAAAUUGGGAUGGGAUCACAAAAACGGAUUCAAUAGAAUCUUGAGAUCUUGGAAAAAUACGGAAGAUCCAUCAAGCGGUGAUUUUUCGACUAAACUCGAAAAGUACAAAGAGUCGAUACGGUACCGGAGCGGUCCGUGGAACGGAAUAGGGUUUAGCAGCGUAGCAGGGACGAACCAAGUUGGUUACAUAGUUUACAAUUUCACAGCAAGUAAGGAGGAAGUGACUUACUCAUACCGAAUCAACAAACCCAACAUUUACUCGAUAUUAAACCUAAACUCCGCGGGAUUUUUACAACGAUUGACUUGGAUGGAGGCAGCACAGAGUUGGAAACAAUUAUGGUACACACCAAAGGACCUAUGCGAUAACUACAAAGUGUGUGGGAAUUACGGUUAUUGCGAUUCGAACACUAUACGGAAUUGUAAUUGUAUCAAAGGGUUUAAGCCAAUGAACGAGCAAGAGUGGGACUUGAGAGAUGGUUCCGCUGGUUGCAUGAGGAAGACAAGGCUGAGCUGUGAUGGUAGAGAUGGGUUUGCGCGGUUAAAGAGAAUGAAAUUGCCGGAUACUACAGCCACAAUUGUGGACAGAGACAUUGGGUUGAAAGUAUGUAAAGAGAGGUGUCUAAAAGAUUGUAAUUGCACGGCGUUCGCUAAUGCGGAUAUUCGCUAAUGCGGAUAUUCGCUAAUGCGGAUAUUCGCAGGGGACAAGAGAAUUAAAAAUGAAAAAAUGAUAGGUUCGAGUAUCGGAAUGAGCAUUUUGCUUCUUAUAAGUUUCAUCAUAUUCCAUUUUUGGAAAAGGAAGCAGAAACGAUCAAUAGCAAUUCAAACACCUAUUGUUGAUCAAGUGAGAAGCCAAGAUUCUCUAAUGAACGAAGUAGUAGUAUCAAGCAGGAGUUACCAAUCCGAAGAAAACAAAACAGAGUACCUAGACCUUCCAUUGAUUGAGUGGGAAGCUCUAGCCAUGGCAACAAACAAUUUUUCUAAGGACAACAUGCUUGGACAAGGUGGUUUCGGUAUUGUUUACAAGGGAAUGUUACUUGAUGGAAAAGAAAUCGCGGUAAAGAGACUAUCAAAAAUGUCUUCACAAGGGACCGAUGAGUUCAUGAACGAGGUUCGAUUAAUUGCAAAGCUUCAGCACAUAAACCUUGUCCGGCUUCUUGGUUGUUGCGUCGAUAAGGGUGAGAAAAUGUUGAUCUACGAGUUCUUGGAGAAUCUAAGCCUUGAUUCUCAUCUCUUUGACAAAACCCGACGCUCUAACUUAAAUUGGCAAAAGAGAUUUGAUAUUAUCAAUGGAAUUGCUAGAGGACUUCUAUAUCUUCACCAAGAUUCACGGUGUAGGAUUAUCCAUAGAGACUUGAAAGCAAGUAAUGUAUUGCUUGAUAAAAAUAUGACUCCGAAGAUCUCGGAUUUUGGGAUGGCUAGGAUCUUUGGACGGGAGGAGACAGAAGCUAAUACAAGGAGGGUGGUUGGAACUUACGGCUACAUGUCUCCAGAAUAUGCAAUGGACGGGAUAUACUCGAUGAAGUCGGAUGUUUUCAGCUUUGGGGUCUUGCUUCUGGAGAUUAUAAGUGGCAAAAGAAAUAAAGGAUUUUACAACUCAAACCGUGAUCUUAAUCUCCUCGGUUUUGUGUGGAGGCAUUGGAAGGAAGGAAAAGGGCUAGAGAUUGUAGAUCCGAUCAACAUAGAUUCUUCGCCAUCAACUUUGCGGACACAUGAAAUCUUAAGAUGUAUACAAAUUGGUCUCUUGUGUGUUCAAGAACGUGCCGAAGACAGGCCAGUGAUGUCCUCGGUAAUGGUGCUGCUUGGAAGCGAAACCACGGCUAUAACUCAGCCUAAACGUCCUGGUUUUUGUAUUGGGAGAAGUCCUCUUGAGGCUGAUUCUUCGUCAAGUACACAACGUGGCGAUGAAUGUACAGUGAAUCAAAUCACCGUCUCAGUCAUUGACGCUCGGUAAUUUGGAAAUUUACCUACCCAAUCUGUUUAUAUGCAUAUCUUUUAUUUGCAAAUCUCAAUGGCAAUUUUUCGUAAAAAAAAGAAGCCUCAACAAGAGUACACGAUGCAAAGUUGAGGUUUUUUCUUUUCAACGAAAAUGCAUAGUUGAGGCUUUUUAUGAGAUUUUUUCCUUAUUUUAUAUGUAAGUCUAAUUAAAAAAAAAAUUACUUCAUGAUUAGAUAACUUGCUCUAUCUGAUUUAAUUUAGACAAA